AUGUCUUCCAGCCGAAAGAUCACCUCUGCCGAAAAGGCACAAUACAUUCAAGCGCUCCGAUCUCACCAGUUCAACACCAUCGUUGAGCUCGUUCGCGUCGAGCAGGCUUUUGCAAAGCUCGGUACACCGGACUGCAGUGAGCCGAUGACGGCGGCUUGGAAGUACUAUGUCGAGUCGCAUAGCUUGUUGACCGAACUACGCGGACUGACUAGGAACUAUCCUUUCAGUUCCGACUGCCUAGACGAAGCGAAAAGGCGCGUCUACGCCGACCCCGCAAGCAACCGCUCAUGGAAUCUGUGUUGGUUGGUUUUGAACAAGAUACAAACCGACCAGCUACUGCCGUACUACGCGCGUUACCAGGCGUCUCAACCGGCUAUGUGGGCGGGUCAGAUGCCGUCUGCGGAGCAGAUCACGCAGCUCACUAAUGCUUUUGUUAAUGAGUGGAAUUGGGCGCUUGGACAGAUGUUGGGGCGUUGGACACAGCCGCCGGCGCGAUGA